UUAAAGUGGUUUCUGUUUGUAUUCCUCUGCUUUAUUGGACAAUCUUCAGAAGAAGCUGAUGAGGUGAAAAUCGGAGCCAUCUUUUCGUUUGGCACCACAAACGGCAAAGUUGCCAAAAUUGCCAUGGAAGCUGCUGUUCAAGACGUUAAUUCUGAUCCCUCACUUCUCGGUGGAAGAAAACUUGCUCUCACCCUGCAUGAUUCAAACUACAGCGGAUUCCUAGGGAUCAUUGGAGCAUUACAAUUCAUGGAGACCGAUACUGUAGCUGUAAUUGGCCCUCAAAGUUCUGUGAUUGCCCAUGUACUCUCUCACCUUGUCAACCAACUCCAUGUCCCCCUCCUAUCUUUCACGGCAUUGGACCCAACACUAUCACCUCUACAGUACCCCUACUUCAUUCAGACAGCUCCCAACGAUCUUUUUCUAAUGACUGCUGUAGCAGAUAUGAUUAGUUAUUUUCAAUACAGAGAAGUCGUUGCUAUUUUCUCAGACGAUGAUCAAGGUAAAAAUAGUAUUACCGCUCUAGGUGAUAAACUUGCUGAGAGGCGCUGUAAGAUAUCAUACAAGGCAAUACUCCCCCCUGAACCUAUAUCUAGUCGUGACCUGAUCGUGGACCAGUUGGUUAAGGUCACAUCAAUGGAAUCUCGAGUUAUUGUUCUACAUACAUUAUCCAUAACAGGUCUCAAGGUCUUUGAGAUUGCCCAUGACCUUGGCAUGAUGACUAGUGAAUAUGUUUGGAUAGCUACUUCUUGGCUUUCCAGUACCCUCGAUUCAACUUCAGUUUCACCAAAGGUGGCUACCUCUAUGCAAGGUGCUCUCACCCUUCGCUCCCACACACCUGAUUCCCCAAAGAAGAGGGCUUUUUUAUCAAGGUGGAACAAGUUGAGCAAUGGCUCCAUAGCUUUGAAUGUUUAUGGUCUAUAUGCCUACGAUACUGUUUGGAUGAUUGCCCAUGCAGUCAAAGAGUUUUUCGAUAAUGGAGGCAAAAUCACCUACUCGAAUGAUUCCAAUUUGAACAGUUUUGCUGGAAAGACAAUGAAUCUUGCUGCUCUCAGCAUAUUUGAUGGUGGUAACCAACUGCUUAGUAACAUAUUAAAGACCAAUAUGACUGGGGUAAGUGGUCCCAUUGCAUUUAACCCAGAUAGAUCCAUGCCCCGUCCCUCAUUUGAUGUUCUCAAUGUAGCUGGCAAAGGAUUGAUGAGGCAAAUAGGAUACUGGUGUAACUACUCUGGGCUAUCCGUUGUGCCUCCGGAAUCUCUUUAUGCCAAACCAGCAAACAGGUCAAGUUCCACUCAACGAUUGGAUCAGGUUAUAUGGCCAGGGCAAACUACAAAAAGACCACGUGGAUGGAUAUUUCCCGACAAUGGUAGGCCAUUAAGGAUUGGAGUCCCAAGGAGAGUGAGCUACAAAGCUUUUGUUUCAGAAGAAGAAGGAAGUGGAGUGGUCCAUGGAUACAGCAUAGAUGUCUUCCUUGCAGCCUUAAAGUGUCUUCCAUACCCUGUGCCACAUAAAUUCAUCAUGUUUGGCGACGGACACAAAAAUCCAAGCUACAGUCAGUUAGUAAACAUGAUCACAGUUGAUGUAUUUGAUGCUGCAGUGGGUGACAUUACAAUUGUAACGAACCGCACAAAGAUUUUGGAUUUUAGUCAACCAUACGCAGAUUCAGGGUUAGUGGUGGUGGUACAUGUGAAGAAGACAAGAUCGAUUGCUUGGGCUUUCCUGCGGCCAUUUACUCCCCUUAUGUGGGGAGUCAUAGCUGCUUUUUGCCUUGUUGUGGGAACCGUAGUGUGGAUACUAGAGCACAAAUUUAAUGAUGAAUUUCGUGGCCCGCCCAAGAAGCAGAUGUUCACAAUUUUAUGGUUUAGUUUCUCAACUAUUUUUGGAGCCCCAAGAGAAAACACAGUGAGCACAUUGGGUCGAAUUGUACUGCUUAUAUGGCUAUUCGUAAUCUUGAUAAUUACGUCGAGCUAUACUGCAAGCCUGACAUCGUUUCUAACGGUUCAACAGCUUUCCUCAUCUAUACAAGGAAUUGAAUCAUUGGUAACAAGCAAUGAUGCAAUUGGGUACCAGGUAGGCUCUUUUGCUGAGAACUACUUAUUUGAAGAAGUUAACAUUGCAAAGUCUAGGCUAGUUCCUCUUGGAUCACCAGAAGAAUAUGCUGAUGCCCUUGAACAAGGAAGAGUUGCUGCUGUGGUUGAUGAACGUCCAUAUGUGGAUCUGUUUUUAUCAACUUACUGCGGGUUCCAAAAAGUUGGCCUAGAGUUCACCAAAAGUGGAUGGGGAUUUGCAUUUCCGAGAGACUCCCCCUUAGCCAUUGACAUGUCAACGGCAAUCUUGCAAUUGUCUGAGAAUGGAGAGCUAGAGAAGAUCCGCAAGAAGUGGUUAAACAGAAAAGUCUGUGGGGGGCAGAGCUCUGCAGCAGAUUCAGAGCAGCAUCCAUUAAAGAGCUUUUGGGGUUUAUUCCUCAUUUCUGGAGUUACCUGCUGUUUUGCUCUGCUUGUAUAUUUCUGCUUGAUGUUGCACCAGUUCAAACAACAUUUUCCUGAAUUAACACAUGGUUCUACUAGUAGAACUAGAAUAUCAUAUUCGGUAAGGCUUAAAAAGUUCUUGUCUUAUGCGGAUGAGAAGGCAGAGAUAUCUGCAAAUAGGUUGAAAAGAAAGCGGAUGGAAAUGGAAAACCCUUAAUUCCAUUACCUUUCUCAUUUCGAAUUUUUGUACAUUCAAAUUAUUAUUUUUAUCAUGUAACAACAGAUAGCGUAGAGAACAUCUAGUGUUUGA